GAGGGGGUCCCCUCGCUGGGCGAGCCGGUCACGUGGUGCCCGCGCCCACGUGACCCCGAGUCCACAUGACUUCCCGUCCCCCGGGCACCUCCUAGAGUGCAAGGACGCGCGGGCGCAGAGAUGGUCCGAGCCGAGCCGACGCCGCCGACCCGGCUGCUGCUGCUGCUGCUGCCGCUGCUGCUGCUGUGCUGCGCGCGCCGCGGCCAGGCCGCCCCCGCGCGGGACGAGAUCCGGAGCCUGCCCGGGCUGGCCAAGCAGCCCGCCUUCCGCCAGUACUCGGGCUACCUCCGGGGCUCGGGCUCCAAGAGGCUGCACUACUGGUUUGUGGAGUCCCAGAAGGACCCCCAGCGUAGCCCCUUGGUGCUCUGGCUCAACGGCGGGCCCGGCUGCAGCUCGCUGGACGGCUUCCUCACCGAGCACGGCCCCUUCCUGGUGCAGCCGGAUGGCGUCACCCUGGAGUACAACCCCUAUUCCUGGAACCUGAUCGCCAACAUGCUGUACCUCGAGUCCCCCGCCGGGGUGGGCUUCUCCUAUUCCAGCGACAAGGUUUAUGCCACCAAUGACUCCGAGGUUGCCCAGAGCAACUUUGAGGCCCUUCAAGAUUUCUUCCGCCUCUUCCCGGAGUACAAGGACAACGCGCUUUUCCUGACAGGAGAGAGCUACGCCGGCAUCUACAUCCCCACCCUGGCUGUGCUGGCCAUGCAGGACCCCAGCAUGAACCUGCAGGGACUGGCCGUGGGCAACGGACUCUCUUCCUACGAGCAGAAUGACAACUCGCUGGUGUAUUUCGCCUACUACCACGGCCUUCUGGGGAACAGGCUCUGGUCUUCCCUGCAGACCCACUGCUGCUCUCAGAACAAGUGUAACUUCUACGACAACAAGGAUCAGGAAUGCGUGGCCAGUCUGCAGGAAGUGUCCCGCAUCGUGGGCAGCUCUGGCCUCAACAUCUACAAUCUCUACGCCCCGUGUGCCGGGGGCGUGCCCGGCCACGUGAGGUACGAGAAGGACGCCGUGGUGGUGCAGGACUUGGGCAACAUCUUCACUCGCCUGCCGCUGAAGAGGGUGUGGCAUCAGGCCCUGCUGCGCUCCGGGGAGAGGGUGCGCAUGGACCCCCCCUGCACCAACACCACGGCCCCCUCCACCUACCUCAACAACCCAUAUGUGCGGAAGGCGCUCCACAUCCCGGAGCAGCUGCCCCGCUGGGACAUGUGCAACUUCCUGGUGAACCUGCAGUACCGCCGUCUGUACCAAAGCAUGAACACACAGUACCUCAAGCUGCUCACCACGCAGAAAUACCGGAUCCUGCUGUACAACGGGGAUGUGGACAUGGCCUGCAACUUCCUGGGGGAUGAGUGGUUCGUGGACUCCCUCAACCAGAAGAUGGAGGUCCAGCGGCGGCCCUGGCUCGUGGACUACGGGGACAGCGGGGAGCAGAUCGGUGGCUUCGUCAAAGAGUUCUCCAACAUCUCCUUCCUCACCAUCAAGGGUGCCGGACACAUGGUCCCCACGGACAAGCCUCAGGCCGCCUUCACAAUGUUCUCCCGCUUCCUGAACAAGGAGCCAUACUGAGGCCAGCCGCGCCCUGCCCCAGAGGAGGCGCUUUUGUACGCCGCCGCCGCGCCUGCAGGCCGGCCCCGCUUCCAGAGCUGCGCCCCCCGCCCCCGCCCCCUGCACCCCAGUGCCUCAGACAGCUCCGGGGAAACCCGCACUUUAUUCCUGACAGCCGGGGAUGGAUCGGGGGGCCCAGGGGCUGCCCCCCACCCCCGCCUCCUGCUGCUUCUAGAACAUACUGAAGAGUCCCAGGAGGACAGUAGCUCAGGACAGCCCCAGGGAAGGAGACGGCCGGACUGGGGGGGCCGGCUGGCCAGACUGAUUAUGGAAUUAAAUUGGGUCCAGGUUAAA